AUGGCUCCUAAGGAGUUGAAGGAGCGGUUAGAGGAGUUGUUAGCCAAGGGGUUUGUCAGGCCCAGUAUGCGGAUGUGCAUUGAUUACCGCCAGUUGAACAAGGUCACCAUCAAGAACAAGUACCCGUUGCCUCGUAUUGAUGAUUUGUUUGACCAGCUGCAGGGUGCUAGGGUGUUCUCUAAGAUUGACCUGAGGUCAGGAUAUCAUCAGCUGAAGAUUCGGGACUCGGAUGUUCCGAAGACUGCAUUCCGGACUAGAUAUGGCCAUUAUGAGUUUCUAGUGAUGUCCUUUGGCUUGACCAAUGCACCAACAUCAUUUAUGGAUCUGAUGAACAGGGUAUUCAGGCCUUAUAUUGAUUCCUUUGUUAUCGUCUUCAUUGACGACAUCUUGAUAUACUCGCGUAGCCUGGGGGAGCACGAGCAGCAUUUGAGAGUAGUGCUUCAGACCUUGCGAGAGCAGAAGCUGUAUGCUAAGUUCUCCAAGUGUGAGUUU